AUGAUCAAUGUACUAGUAUGGUUGUAUCAGUUCAACUAUAAUAUUGAUCUACAUUCUGUUGCAUUCAUCUAUGAGAACAUUGUAGUACAAAGAGAAUACUGGCGAUGUAUAAGUGGAACGUUCAGUCAUGCCAACUUUGUACAUUUGGCAUUCAAUACAAUCAGUUUGUGGAGUCUACGUACACUUGAGAUACAUUUUGGAAGCUUCACAUUCAUUACAUAUACACUAUUGAUACUUGUCAUAUCUAUAAUCAUACAAUUUGGCUACUCUGGCAUUGCAUUUGGAUUGAUAACACUGCUCUCAUACUACUCUGGUUCAGCGGAUCUAUGGUUACUUCAACCUCUUGGCUCACUCCUGAUCAUUCAAAUGCUCGUUCCUAAUGCAAGCUUUGUAGGUCACUUGGCAGGAAUCAUCAGUGGAGCGUUGAUUAUUGUACUCAAGUUGACAAAUUUAUUUAACAAUGCACUUGGUAUUCUUACAUUGACAAGUGUAAUAAUAGUAUCAUUGACUAGGUCAGAAUGGCCAUCAUCAUCGUCCACAAUACAAUGGUUUGACACUCCCAUUCAAAUUAUAAACAACUUCACAAGCAUUGUCAAGAAUUCAUCAGCAAGGAGAAUAGAGAAUGGUGUUAUCCUUUCAAAACAAUCAAUGACCAGCAAUGUAUAA